CCCGUGCCCUGGGCCAUGUCGUCCUCCGACGAGGAGACCCUCAGCGAACGCUCAUGCCGGAGCGAGCGCUCGUGCCGGAGCGAGCGCUCCUACCGCAGCGAGCGCUCGGGCAGCCUCUCCCCCUGCCCCCCCGGGGACACCUUGCCCUGGAAUUUACCCCUCCAUGAGCAGAGGAAGAGGAAGAGCCAGGAUUCGGUGCUGGACCCGGCCGAGAGGGCGGUCGUCAGGGUCGCAGAUGAACGGGACAGAGUCCAAAAGAAAACCUUCACUAAAUGGGUCAAUAAACACUUGAUGAAGGUGCGCAAGCACAUCAAUGACCUCUAUGAAGACCUCAGAGAUGGCCACAACCUCAUCUCCCUCCUGGAAGUGCUGUCUGGAGUGAAGCUGCCGCGUGAGAAGGGGCGGAUGCGCUUCCACCGCCUGCAGAACGUGCAGAUCGCCCUGGAUUUCCUGAAGCAGCGACAGGUGAAACUGGUGAAUAUCCGCAACGAUGACAUCACAGAUGGCAACCCCAAGCUCACCCUGGGGCUCAUCUGGACCAUCAUCCUCCAUUUCCAGAUCUCCGACAUCUACAUCAGUGGGGAGCUGGGGGAUAUGUCAGCCAAGGAGAAGCUGCUGCUGUGGACACAGAAGGUGACAGCAGGUUACAUCGGGGUGAAGUGCACCAACUUCUCCUCCUGCUGGAGCGAUGGCAAGAUGUUCAACGCCCUCAUCCACAGAUACAGGCCAGAUCUGGUGGACAUGGAGAGGGUGCAGAUCCAGAGUAACCGGGAGAACCUGGAGCAGGCCUUCGAGAUCGCCGAGCGCCUGGGGGUCACACGGCUGCUGGACGCCGAAGACGUGGACGUCCCCUCUCCGGAUGAGAAAUCCGUGAUAACUUACGUGUCUUCAAUCUACGAUGCCUUUCCCAAAGUCCCCGAGGGAGGAGAAGGGAUCAGCGCCAUCGAGGUGGAUUCCCGGUGGCUGGAGUACCAGAGCCGCGUGGAGUCCCUCAUCUCCUGGAUCAAGCAGCACACGAUACUCAUGUCAGACAAAUCCUUCCCCCAGAACCCCGUAGAGCUAAAGGCACUUUAUAACCAGUACAUACACUUCAAAGAAACUGAAAUCCCGGCGAAAGAGCAGGAAAAAGGACAGAUAGAGGAGCUCUACAAACUGCUAGAGGUUUGGAUUGAAUUUGGGCGCAUCAAGUUGCCCCAGGGCUACCACCCCAACGAUGUGGAGGAGGAGUGGGGCAAGCUCAUCAUUGAGAUGCUGGAGCGUGAGAAGCUCCUGCGGCCGGCGGUGGAGAGGCUGGAACUGCUGCUACAAAUCGCUAACAAAAUCCAGAAUGGUGCUCUGAGCUGUGAAGAAAAGCUCACCCUGGCGAAGAACACGCUACAGGCUGAUGCCGCUCACCUGGAGUCGGGCCAGCCGGUGCAGCACGAGUCGGACGUGGUGGUGUUCCUGCAGGAGUGCGAGGUGCUCAUCCGCCAGCUCCAGGUGGACCUGCAGAUCCUCCGGGACGAGAACUACUACCAGCUGGAGGAGCUGGUGUUCAGGAUCAUGAGGCUGCAGGACGAGCUGGUGACGCUGAGGCUGGAGUGCACCAACCUCUACAGGAAAGGUCACUUCUCCACCCUGGAGCUGGUGCCCACGUCCACGCUGAGCACCACACACCUGAAGGGCGAGGCCCUGACCAAGGGGCUCCACACCUCCUCGGCCUCCUGGUUCCGCAAGCCCAUGACCAGGACGGAGCUGGUGGCCAUCUCCUCCUCCGAAGAUGAAGGCAGCCUCCGCUUUGUCUACGAGCUGCUGGCCUGGGUGGAGGAGAUGCAGAUGAGGCUGGAGCGGGCAGAGUGGGGCACUGACCUGCCGAGCGUGGAAUCCCAGCUGGAGACCCAGAGACACGUCCACACCAGCGUGGAGGAGCUGGGCUCCAGCGUCAAGGAGGCCAGGAUGUACGAGGGUAAAAUGUCUCCGAAUUUCCGCGCCAGCUACACGGAGACGCUGGGCAAGCUGGAGACCCAGUACUGCAAACUGAUGGAAACCUCGAGCUUCAGGCUGAGGCACCUCCAGAGCUUGCAUGGAUUCGUGUCCCGGGCCACAGCUGAGCUGAUCUGGCUGAAUGAGAAGGAGGAGGAGGAACUGGCCUACGACUGGAGUGACAACAACCCCAACAUUGCAGCCAAGAAGAAUUAUUUCUCGGAGCUGACAGCAGAGCUGGAAGAGAAGCAGGACAUCUUCCGCUCCCUCCAGGACACGGCUGAGCUGCUCUCCCUGGAGAACCACCCUGCCAAGCAAACCGUGGAGGCCUACAGCGCUGCUGUGCACAGCCAGUGGCAGUGGAUCAAGCAGCUCUGCCUGUGCGUGGAGCAGCACGUGAAGGAGAAUGCUGCCUAUUUCCAGUUCUUCAGCGACGCGCGGGAGUCAGAGACGUACCUGCGGAACCUGCAGGACUCCAUCAAAAGGAAAUAUUCCUGCGACCACAGCACGAGCCUGACGCGGCUAGAGGACCUCCUGCAGGACUCCAUGGUGGGUUCUCUGACAUCCCACCACCCUGCUCUGCUCCAGCAGCGUUGCCUGGGGCUCCUCUUGCUUCUUCUGAAGAGACCUGAGCUCUUCAUCCCCACACUUUGGUGGGAUGUGGUGUGCUCGGCAGUGAUUUGGAGCUGCAGGCUGUGCUGGCCCCAGCUGUGUGGCACAGCUGGAGUUGGUCACUGUCAUUUAGAGUGUCUGUGUGUCCUCAGGGUGAGGAGCAGGCAGCCUGUGCAAGGUCACAGCCUGACGUGUCUGGAUGUGCCCUUUUUCCGCUCCCAGCUCAGAUCCUUGGCUGAAGGGGAGUGUCAGCAGGCCCUGAAGAGCCUGCAGGCGCACUACGAGGAUUUCCUGCAGGACAGCCGUGACUCGGAGCUGUUCUCGGUGUCGGACCGGCUGCGCCUGGAGGAGGAGGUGGAAUCCUGCAAGGAACGCGUCCGGCAGCUGCUGCAGUCCAUGGAGAACGAAGACAAGGACGAGAGCGUUGCCAGGACCUUUCUGUCGGAGCUGACGAAGAUGCGGCUGCGCCUGGAGGAGAGCGAGCAGCGGCUGCUGAGCCGCAUGCAGAGCCCGAGCAGCGCCCGCGCGGACGGGGACAGCGUCCAGGAGAACGCCAUCCGCACCGCCGAGCAGGAGCGCAUGCAGGAGGAUCUGCAGCAGCUGCAGGCAGAGCUGCAGGUUGUGUCUGAGAGGUGCUGCAGCUUCCUGGACAAAGCUCCUGCAGGGCCCAGCACGCCCCAGCUGCGCUCAGAGCUGGACUUGGUGGUGAACAAGAUGGAGCAGACUCAUGGGCUGUCUUCCAUCUACCUGGAAAAGUUGAAGACGGUUGAUGUCAUUAUCCGCAGCAGCCAGGGAGCAGAAUCGCUGGUCAAAGGCUACGAGGUGAAGCUGAGCCAGGAGGAGGCUGUUCCUGCUGACCUGGCAGCCAUUCAGGCUCACAGGACAGUGCUGCAGCAGUGGCUCGGGGAGGUGAAGGACAAGGGCUCUGUGUUCUCCACGCUGGAGGAGGAGCUGGGGAAGGCGAAGGAGGUGGGGGAGCAGCUGUUCCAGCUGAGGCAGGAGCGCAGCAUCGACCUGGAGCGCUUCCAGGAGAGGAGCAGCCAGCUGUGGGAUCGCUGGCAGCGCGUCUGCGCCCAGAUCGAGACCCGCCACACGGAGCUGGAGAGCAUCCAGGAGGUGCUGAGUGAUUACCGGCAGUGCCACAGCGCCCUGAUCCAGUGGAUUGAGGAGAUCACAGCCCAGCAGGAGCUGAUGAAGCCUGGUCAGGCUGAGGACAGCCGGGUGCUGUCGGAGCAGCUCAGCCAGCAAACGGCUUUGGCUGCAGAAAUUGAGAAAAACCAAGCCAAGCUGGACCAGUGUCAGAAAUUCUCCCAGCAAUACUCGGCCGCCGUCAAGGACUAUGAGCUGCAGCUGAUGACCUACAGGGCCUUCGUGGAGUCGCAGCAGAAGUCCCCCAUGAAGCGCCGGCGGAUGCUCUCCUCCUCGGAUGCCAUCACCCAGGAGUUCAUGGAUCUGAGGACUCGUUACACAGCCCUGGUGACUCUGACCACCCAGCACGUGAAGUACAUCAGCGACGCGCUGCGGCGGCUGGAGGAGGAGGAGAAAGUGGUGGAGGAGGAAAAGCAGGAGCACGUGGACAAGGUGAAGGAGCUCCUGGGCUGGGCCCUGGGCUUGAAGCAGAGUGUGCAGGGCAGGACAGCUGCUGCUGGGAGCAGAGAGCUGGGGGACAUCGAGAAAUCCAUCUUGGAGCAGCAGGCCCUGAAUGAGGAGCUGACUGCAAAGAAGGAGCAGGUCUCUGAGGCCAUCAAAACUUCCCAAAUCUUCCUGGCAAAACACAGCCACAAGCUUUCCCAAGCAGAAAAGGACCAGAUUUCCGCUCAGAUUGGUGCUCUGAAGGAAACCUACCAGGAUCUCUGCAGCAGCUCCACGGAGCAGCUCCAGCAGCUGCAGAGCCAGCUGGCUCAGGAGACAGAGCACAAGGGCAGCGAAGCUGUGGCGGGAGUGAUCGAUCUUGGCACGGGAGAAAUAUUCCCUGUCUUUGGUGCCAUGCAGAGGGGUCUUAUAGAUCAGGACACGGGCCUGGUCCUCUUGGAGGCCCAGGUGAUCACCUCUGACUUAGUUGUCCCAGAAACCGGUGAGAAACUCUCCUUGGAGACAGCUCUGGCAAGAAACAUCAUUGAUCUCAGGGCAUUCCGGGUGCUGCAGGAAUGGAAGGAUGCUUGCCAGCAGGUGGAAGAAGUCAGAUGUGAAGGGAGGCAGCUCCUCCCUGUCGUCGCUGCCCUAGAGGAGGGGAGGAUCAGUGAGAGCGUUGGGCUAAAGAUUCUCGAGGCUGAGCUCGCCACCGGGGGCUUGAAAUUCCAGCAGGGCAGAAUCAGCAUGGAGACAGCGGUGCAAGAAAAGCUCCUUCCCCCCCAGCUCCACUCCAGGCUCCUGUCUCACCUGGAAGCUGGCAAGGAUUUGAUUGACCCCAACACCGCUGAGGAAAUCAGUCUGGCUGAGCUCCAGGAGCGGUGCAUCGUCCACCAGGGGCUGAGGCUGCUCCCGGUCACGCAGCUGGCGGGAGGGACGGUGAGCUCGAGGUCAGGCAGGGCGGUCAGCGUCUUCCACGCAGUCCAGGAGGGGCUGAUAGACGGGCAGGUGGCCAGCAGGCUGCUGGAAGCCCAGCUCUUUGCUGGUGGCAUCGUUGACCCCAGCACAGGACACAGGCUGAGGGUGGACCAGGCUGUCAGGCACGCUUUGAUUGACCAGGAUUUGGCCCGCACGCUUCUGCUCCGGCAGCUCCGGACGGGCGGGAUCGUCGACGCCGCCACCGGGGAGAGGCUGGGCAUGGAUGAAGCCCUAAGGAAGGGGUUGGUAGCUCCGAGGAUGGCACUGCUGCUCCUGGAAUCCCUGCGGUCCUUCACGGGGCUGCUGUGGCCAGAGACAGGGCAGGUCAUCCCUGCUGCAGCUGCUUUGGAGCAGGGGCUCCUCUCCACAGAGCUGAUCCAGGAGAUUCUCAGCGAGAGGCGGCUCCUUCGGGCUGUUUUCAUACCGGAGAGCGCAGAGGUGCUGUCCUGGGAGGAGGCAGUGGAACGGGGCGUCCUGGAGGGAGAGGUGGUGAAGAAGCUGCAGUCAACAGCCAUUCCUGACGUCCUGGCCAGCCUGCAGCUCGCUGGCUCUGCAGGCAGGAGCAGGCACGGCCACAGCUCCCCUGGAAGGAGCCCCACGGGUCACGAGGAGCCUCUGCUGAGGGGUGAUGAUGAAAGGCUGGUGUUCCACUUGAUGACACACAGCUACAUCAACAUCCACGAUGGCCAGAAGGUGCUCUUAGUGGAUGCAGAGCUGAACAAAAUCACCAAAGCUCUCAUCCAAAGCCACGAAAACAGAUCCUGUGCACAGGUGCUGGAAGGGUUUGAGGAGACAGAGGCAGAUGCAGCUCUUGAGAGCGAACCUUGCAAUGGUUUGGCUUUGCAGCGGCUUGAGCUUCAGUUUGCUCCUUCAAAAGGUGAAAGUGAGGAGAUCCUACCAGCCAGAACUGCUUUGGAGAAUGGGGAGGUGGUGAUGGGACCUGAAAGUCUUCUCUUGGAGGGUGCAGAGGAUUUCCUGCAGAUGGAAGAGCAGAUUUCCACGGAGCAGGAGAUCGUCAGGACCAAAACUGAUGCUGAAUUUGGAAGAGAGCAGGUCACUUUUACAACCAAGGAUAAACAUCAGGGAAAAUUAUUGGUGCCAGAACCUCCCAGUGACCUUGAUAGUGGAUUAAUGAGAGAAACAGAGGAAAUGAUGAUUGAAGCAGAAGGAGAGUCCAAGCCUCCUGCAGAAGAUGGAGUGGAAGGUCCCGAAUAUGAGAAGAGGGCAUUGGAAAGUGGGACAGUGGUUGUGAAAAGUGAAAUCUGCGUAGCAAUGGGUGUUCCAGAAAGUAGAGACAGAGUGAAAAUCACGUCAGAGACGUCUCAGGGCGUGAGGGAACCCGAAGGAGAGGCAGAAGAUGUUGGAGAGGUCGGUUUUCUGAAGGAGGAGACGGUGGGAAAUGGUGUGCUGGGAGCAGAGGAGCUCGUUGUGCUCCCCACAAACGGAGAGGCAGAGAGGCAGCGCAAGGACACGGGAAGCGCGUUGGAAGCGGAAGAAGGAGAGUGGGAAGAAGUGUUAGGAGAUGAGGGCGUUGAGGAACCAUCCCUGCCAGCCUCUGAGGAGCAGGAGGACACUUUGGAAAAGCUCCUGAUGCAGCUGCAGAGCGGUGGCAUCAUCCAGGAGCAGACGGGCAGGACGCUGCUGCUGGAUGAGGCGGUGGCCUCCGGAGCCGUGUCCGGCCACACGGCCGUGAAGCUGAUGGAGAGGAUGAAGAUGUUCAGUGGCUUCUUUGACUCUCAGGUGUGCGAAGCCUUGACCACCGAGGACGUGAUUGAGGAAGGCCUGAUGGAUGAGGAGCUGCUCCAGAAGGUCCUCGCCUCCGACAGAGCCAUAAGUGGCGUCCUCGACCCAGGCAACAACUUUGUCUACUCCAUCAAGGACGCUGCUGCCGUUGGCCUUCUGGACAAGGAGACAGCCGUGAGGAUCUUGGAAGGGCAGGUGGUUACUGGGGGGAUUGUGGACUUGAAACGUGGCAAAAAAGUGUCGGUGACUCUGGCUUCAAAUCUGGGCCUCAUCGAGCCAACGAGUCAGACAGGGCUGGUCAGGCUGGAGAAGGCUUCCAAGGGCAAGGGCACUGAUGAGGUGACCAGGCAGAAGCUCGUUAAUUUACAGGCUGAGACCACUGGAAUUGUGGAUCCUGAAACCAAACGGGCUUUGAGUGUGGCAGAGUCUGUUGAGAAAGGGCUCCUGGAGGAGGAAGAAGCUUUUCAGCUCUUGACCAAGCAGGUUGCUGAUGGAGGAAUCAUCCAUCACGGGUCUGGGAUGAGGCUUUCGGUGGACAGCGCCGUGGAACACGGUUUGAUCAAUCCAGAGCUGUGCGAGGAGCUCAGGAAGGCUGAAGGUGUGGUCCUGCAGGGCUUUGUCCAUCCAGCUACGAAGGAGAAGCUGCCCUUGCCCCAGGCAGUGUCCCUGGGGCUCCUUAGCCCAGAAUUCCAGAGGAAAGUGCAGGAGAUCCAGGCUGGGAGCGGAAGCAUCCUUGACCCAGCUUCUGGCCAGCGACUGGCGCUGCGUCAAGCGGUGCAGGAAGGCUUGGUGCCCCAGCAGGUGGUGGAGAAAGUCCUGUCAUCUUCAGAAAUGAGAGAAGGGAUUGUAGAUCCCGAGACCUGCCUGAUCGUUCCCUACUCGGAGCUCCUGAAGAAGUGUAAAAUCGACAUCGAGUCCGGCCAGAGGUACCUGGAGGUCCAUCCCCUGCAGGCCAUCAGGGACGAGGUGACAGGGGCCAAGCUGCCGUGUGCUGAGGCGCUGAGGCUGGGGAGGGUGGACCCCCUGCCCACCCUGAGGCUGCUGCAGGCACAGGCAGACAGUGGAGGGGUGGUGGAGGGCAGCGUCAGCGAGAGGCUGUCCCUGAGGGCAGCCGUGGAACGAGGGGUGCUGGAUGAGCCCAUGGCCAAAGCCAUCGCCACCAAGCAGCUCAGGGCCGGGGGGAUUGUGGAUACCCCCGGUGGGAGAAGGUUGACGGUGAAGGAAGCUGUUGGGAAAGGGCUGAUUAGCCAAAAAUUAGCUGCUGGGCUUCGGGAUGUGCAAGUGCGUGGAGAGGGAGAUGGUUCUGAGGUCGGCAAAGGAGAAAAGAUGCAGCUUUCACAGGAAAAAAUAGAAAGAUUGUCUCCAGAAGAGGAAGGUGUCGUCCUCCCCGGCAGGUCUGAUGAUGCUGAGCCCAAAGCUCAGCCUGAAGCUGUGAGCCCUGAUCAGAGUGCGGCUGCUGCUGCUGAGAAACCCCCCAAAGCACGGACAGAGAGGAAAUUCAAACCCCAGGAAGCUUCGGAAGGUGGGGUCAGUCCCCAGGACGAACAUCCUCAUCUUCAUCAUCCCCAGGCGAAGGCUGAGGUGACUCCAGAGCACCCCUCGGUGCUGGGGACAGCCUCUCUCCCUCAAGAGACACUGGUGGCAGGGGACGUGGGAAAAGGGGUCCCAAAAGGCAGAUCCCAGGUGAGAGCAGCCCAGGGGAAGGAAUGGAGAGGAGAAGUGGAUGAAGGGACAGGGAAAGUCAAGAGGGAGGGCUUGGAGAAGGAGCAGUUCUUGGGCACAGAGGUGCUUCACGGGGAGGAGGAUGGUGAGGAGAGGAGGAGGAGGAGGAGGAGAGAGUUUGUGAGUGCAGAGGAAGUUGUGGCAGGUGGAGAAGGUCCAGUGGUGACUUCUGGGCGAGGAGAGAGCGUGAGCAGCGUGGUCCAGGACCCAGCAGCAGCCCUGAGGGAAUCCAUCAGUGUGGGGCCAGGGAUGGGUCCUGCAGAGUCUGGGGAACCCCCUGAGGUUCCUGUGGGGCCUGCAGGAGAUGAGCUUGCAGGGAAAAAAGCUGCCAGGAAAAGAGAACCCUCUCACACAGAAGGUCCCAUGGAUCAGGAAAAAACAACUGCAAUGGUGCUAAAGCCUAGCCAGAAACAGAAAAGCAAGAAAAAGAAAGCAAAGCAGGGCAGCAUUCCAGGAGACAGAGCUCAGCCAGAGAAACCCUCUGCAGAAAAGCAGCUCCUUCCUUCUCUGGUUUCCCACGAAAUUCCAAGGAAAAAGGGUGAGGAGGAGCACUCUGUCUCCAGGGUGCCAGAGCCAAAACAUGAAUCCAGCAUCGAGAGCGCUGCUGGCUUGGCACGAGACACAGCCAAGGCUGGGAAAGGGAAGAAAACAAUUCCUGGGAAAGAUCCAGAAAGCCCUGGCCAGGAUCAGGUGUUCCCUGUGCCCCCCCAGCAAGGGGAGGAUCGAGAGGUGGUGAGAGGUGGGAUCAAGGAUGGUCAGGGUUCCUUGGUGGAACUGAGUGGAGAGGAAAGGCUGGCUCAGGAAGACACCAGGCUGGAAACCACCGUGCCACAGGAGCUGCCCCAUCACUUAAUUAUCAGAGAGGAACCCACAGAAGUUCAGGAAACCUCCACAAUCCUGGAGCUCAGAGAGGAGAGACAGCAGGAGCACACAGCUGAGCUCAGGGCAGACCAAGGAGGAGCCCCUGGCCCCCCAAAAUCCCAGGAAGAAACCCCCCAGGAGAGGAGCAAGCAGCCGGCUCCGGGCGAUCGGGGUUUGCUCUUACCUGUGAUCAUGGAGGGGGAGCUGCUGGAAACCUCCCGGGACUCCACCAGACCAGCCCAGAUCAAGUUCAGCAAGAAGAUGUGUCUGGAGCACGACCAGAGGCUGGUAUCUUAUCUCUCCAUGCUCCGAGACAUCGAGAUGAGAAUCAAACGGGUGCAGCCAGCAGAGCAGAAUUUGGCAGCCCUGCACGACCUGAGGCAGCAAGCAGAGGCCCUGGGCGCUGAGCUGCAGGAGCUGAGCUUCCCAGUGAAUCAGGAGCUGGAUGCUGUGCAGAGGAUUGUGGCCAACCCCCCUGAAGAAGUCCCUGAGCAGUUACUGAAGGCUCUGGAGAAGGAUGCCAAGAACCUCCAGAAGUCUCUGUGCUCUGCAAACCAAGUCCUGCAGUCCCGGCUGCAAAACCUUCGUGGGGCAGCAGAAGCUGAGAAGGCUAAAAUCCUGGCCCACCACGAGUCUCUUGAGGACAAGCUCCAGGAGCUGCUGGGCUGGGUGUCUGGCACCGCGCAGUCUCUGGGUGACAGCGAUUUCCAGCAGCUUGACACCGAUGCCAGCAGCUUGAGCCGCUGCCUGCAGCACUACAAGGAGCUGAAGGAGCCCCUUGCUGACACCAAGGCUGAGCUGGACGCCGCCGCCUUCGACAUCCAGCUCCUCAUCUCGGAGCACGCCCAGGAUUUGACCCCCCAGCAGAGCAGGCAGCUGCUGAGGCUGCUGAAUGAGCUGCAGAGAGCCUUCAGGGACCUGUCAGAGCGUGUGACAGCGCGGCUGGAGGUGCUGCAGGUCUGUCUCCAGCAGACAGACCAGGUGAAGACGCUGCAGGAGCAGCAGGCAGCCCGGGCACAGAGCCUGGCCGAGCUGAGCCGCUGGCUGGGGCAGGCAGAGGAUGCGCUGGCAGGGCAGCAGGGAGCAGAAGGGGACCUGCCUGCCCUGCAGCAGAGGCAGAGCGAUGUUAAGGAGCUGCAGAGGAGCAUGCACAGCAGAGCCGCCUCCUUCGCCGGCGUCCUGAAGAGCACAGAGCAGUUCCUGGAGGAGAACAAAGCCAAGCUGGAGCCUGGAGAGCUGGCAGCACUGCAGCAGGACCUGCAGCGUGCCAAGGAGCAGUACCAGUCCCUGCAGGAGAGGACAGAGGUGGCCCAGAAGGAGCUGGAGAGUGCUGUGAGUGCUGCAGUGCAGCAGGAGACGGAGAAGGUGAAAGCUGCCAAAGAGCUGGAGGAGAACAGCAAGAAGAUCGAUUCCCUUCUGAGCUGGGUGGCAUCGCUGGAGCAGAAGGGAGGGCUCCCCCAGUACAGAGCACACCCUGUCACUGGAGGGACAGGGACACAAGCAGGGAGAAGCGCUGGGGAUGUCCCUGAUGGCCACGCUGUGGGAGCAGACAGCGCUGCUGAGAGCCUGGACGAGCAGCACAAGAGGCUGAAGGCUCAGCACCAGGAGCUGCUGGCCCAGCAGCAGGACGUCAUCCUGGCCACGCAGUCAGCACAGGCUCUCCUGGAGAGGCACGGGCACAGCCUGCCCGGCGAGGAGCGGCAGCGGCUGCAGGCGCGGCUGGCCGAGCUCAGGGCUCAGUACCCGGCGGCGCUGGCGCGGUCGGAGGCGCGGCUGAAGCGGGUGCAGCUCCUGCGGGAUGAGCUCCAGAAGUUCCUGCGGGACCACGGCGAGUUCCAGGCCUGGCUGGAGCAGGCGGAGCAGGAGCUGGAGGGGAUGUACGAGGGGGACAGCGACCCUGCCUCCCUCGGGCGGCUGCUGCGGCGCCAGGGGAGCUUCUCGGAGGACGUGAUCUCCCACAAGGGCGACCUGCGCUUCGUCACCAUGUCGGGGCAGAAGUUUCUGGAUGAGGAUGCUGAGGAUGACGAAUCCCAGCUGUUGAUGUCCAGGAGUGUGGUGAAGAGCAAGCUGGAGGAUGCCACGCAGAGAUACACCAGGCUGCACUCCAAGUGCUCCAAGCUGGGCUCCCACCUGAACACCUUGCUGGAUCACUACCAGCAGUUCCAGGAGGUGGCAGAGUCUCUCAGCACGUGGCUGCAGGAGAGUGAAGCUGCCCUUGGGAAGUUGCUCUCAGAGACGGUUUCAUCAGACCUGGCUGUGCUGCAGAAGCAGCUCGCCAGCACCAAGCAACUGCAGGGAGACCUGGCUGAGCACCAGGUGCCAGUGGAGAAGCUCCAGAAAGCAGCUCGGACCCUGCUGGACAUCCAAGGACAGCCGGCCCCAGACCACGGCCACAUUCAGGAAACAACAGAUGCCAUCGUCAGCCGCUUCCAGAGCCUCUCCCAGCAGAUGUCCGAGCGCUCUGACCUGCUGCAGAAAUCCAUUGCCCAGUCCCAGAGCGUCCAGGAGAGCCUGGAGAGCCUUCUCCAGUCGGUGGCUGAGAUUGAGAAGAGCCUGGAGAAGGACCAGCCAGCUGUGCUCUCCUCUGCCUCCAUCCAGGACUCGCUUGCCACCAGCAUGAAGCUGAAGCAGGACAUUGCCCGGCAGAAGAGCUGCCUGGAGGCCACCCGGGAGAUGGUGACACGCUUCACAGAGACCACCGACAGCCCCGCGGCCUCUGCCCUGCAGGACAAGCUGGCCCAGGUGACAGAGCACUUUGGGAGGCUGUGCCAGCAGCAGCAGGAGCGGGAGGAUGCCCUCAAGGGCCUCCUGCCCAAGGUGGAGCAGUACGAGCAGCUGUCGGAGAAGCUGCGGCAGUUCACGGAGAGCAGGACGCGGAUGUUGGCGGCCGGGAAUCAGCCGGACCGGGACAUCGCUCACUUCUCCCAGCACAUCCAGGAGCUGAAUUCGGAGAUGAGGCAGCACCAGGAGGACCUGGCCACCCUGGAGCACCUGGCUGAGGAGCUGAGCUCCUGUGGCUUCGCCCCCAGCACCUUCCAGCAGCAGGAGAAGCUGCAGAGCCUGAAGAAAGAUUUCCUGCAGCUACAAAAGGUGGCAAAGGACAGGGAAAAGGAUGCAUCAUCCUGCCAGGAGCAGCUGGAUGAGUUUCGGGAUCUGGUUGGAGCCAUCAGGAAGUGGCUGAGGGAGAGCGAAGGCAAAAUUCCACCUGCCGAGACCUCCCUGGGCACGCAGGAGCUGCAGCAGCGCAGGCAGCACCUCCAGGAUCUCCUGGAGGAAUGGAAGGGGAAGGGGCCGCAGGUGGAGGAGAUUGGCCGCAGAGGGACCCUCCUGGAGAACCUGAUCGUGGAGAUUACGGCCCCCAACAGCCCGCCCAAGGCAGGUGCUGCUCUGCCCGCUCCAGGAGCCUCAGGAGGCAGCGUGAACGGAUACCACACCUGCAAAGAUCUGACGGAGAUCCAGUGCGACGUGUCGGACGUGAGCCGGCGGUACCAGGCGCUGGGCGCGGCGCUGCGCGAGCGCCUGCAGCAGCUCUCGGCCAGGCUGGACACCAUGCAGGAGGUGCAGGAGGAGGCCAGCUCCAUGCUCAGGUGGCUGGAGUCCAAGGAAAGGAUGUUGUCCGAGCUGGACGCCUCCUCCUCGCCCACCAAGACGGAGACGAUGAGAGCCCAGGCUGAGCACAACAAGGCAUUUCUGGCUGAAUUGGAACAGAAUUCUGGGAAGAUCCAGAAGGUAAAGGAAGCGCUUUCUGGCUUGCUGGAGAAAUAUCCAGACUCCCCAGAAGCAGCGAACUGGAAGAAGAUGCAGGAGGACCUGAGCUGGAUAAAGCCCCUGGAGUUUAUGCUGAAGGAAUUCGAAGCUCGCCGACAGCAGCACGAGCAGCUGAACCAGGCAGCUCAGAGCAUCCUGACUGGCCCUGGAGAUGUUUCUCCAUCCACCAGCCAGGUGCAGGAUGAGCUCCAAGGGGUCAACCAGAAAUGGUCCGAGCUCACGGAGCGCCUCAACUCCCGCUCCAGCCAGAUCGACCAAGCCAUAGUAAAGAGCACCCAGUACCAGGAGCUCCUCCAGGGCCUCUCAGAGAAGGUGAAGGCUGUUGGGCAGCGCCUGAGCAGCCAGUCUGCCAUCAGCACCCAGCCUGACGCUGUCAAACAGCAGCUGGAGGAGACCAGUGAGAUCCGCUCGGACCUGGAGCAGCUGGAGGAGGAGAUCUCCGAGGCUCAGACCCUCUGUGACGACCUCUCUGUCCUGAUUGGGGAGCAGUACCUGAAAGAUGAGUUGAGGAAACGUCUGGAGACAGUGGCACUUCCCCUCAAAGGGCUGGAAGAUCUGGCAGCCGACCGGAUGAACCGACUGCAGACCGCGCUCGCCAGCUCCCAGCAGUUCCAGCACAUGUUUGAUGAGCUCAGGACCUGGCUGGAUGACAAAAGGUGCCAGCAAGCCCAGAGCCAACCCAUUUCUGCUAAACUGGAGAGGCUGCAGAGCCAAAUCCAGGAGCAAGAAGAGUUCCAGAAGAGCCUCAACCAACACAGCGGCUCCUACGAGAUGAUUGUGGCCGAGGGAGAAUCUUUGCUGCUUUCGGUCCAGCCUGGGGAGGAGAAGACCGCUCUGCAGAACCAGCUGGUCAGCCUGAAAACACACUGGGAGGAGCUCAGCAAGCAGGCUGCUGACAGACACUCCAAGCUCAAGGACUGCCUGCAGAAAGCUCAGAAGUACCAGCGGCACGCGGACGAUCUCCUGCCCUGGGUGGAGGACUGCAAGGCGAGGAUGGCAGAGCUGGAGGUAACCCUGGAUCCAGUGCAGCUGGAGGCCACUCUCCUGAGGUCCAAGGCCAUGCUGAGUGACGUGGAGAAGCGCCGGUCCCUGCUGGAGAUGCUCAACAGCGCUGCUGACAUCCUGACCGACGCCUCCCAAACGGACGAGGAUGACAUCCGCGAUGAGAAGGCCGGCAUCAACCAGAAGAUGGAUGCCAUCACAGAAGAGCUGCAAACCAAGACUGGCUCCAUUGAGGAAAUGUCCCAGAGGCUCAAGGAGUUCCAGGAGAGCUUCAAGAACAUCGAGAAGAAGCUGGAAGGGGCAAAGCACCAGCUGGAGAUCUACGAUGCCCUGGGGCCACAAGCCUGCAGCAACAAGAAUUUGGAGAAGCUCAGGGCGCAGCAGGAGGUGCUGCAGGCCCUGGAGCCACAAGUGGAUUAUCUGAAGAACCUCACUCAAGGUCUGGUAGAAGAUGCUCCAGACGGAUCUGACUGCUCCCAGCUCCUGAGCCAGGCCGAGGUGGCUCAGCAGGACUUCAGGGCCGUGAAGCAGAAAGUCAACGAUUGCUGUGCUCUCAUGGAAAACAAGCUGGAAGGGAUCGGCCAGUUCAACAGCAGGGUGAGGGAGAUGUUCUCCCAGCUGGCAGAUCUGGAUGAUGAGCUGGACAGCAUGGGCCCCAUCGGGAGAGACUCCGACAGCCUCCAGUCCCAGGCCGAGGACGUCCGCGCCUUCCUGGGCAAGCUCCAGCGCCUGAAGGGCGACAUCGAAUCCUCCGAGAGCGAGUGCAAGAAAAUGCUGGAGGACGAGGGCAGCCCCGACCUGCUGGGGCUGAAGAGGGAGCUGGAGACGCUGAACAAGCAGUGCAGCAAACUGAUGGAGAGGGGCAGGAACCGGCAGGAGCAGGUGGAGACGACGCUGGCGCGCGUCGAGGACUUCUACGGCCGCCUGAAGGAGCUGAGCCACAUGACGGCGGCGGCCGAGGAGAACGAGGCCUUGCAGUGGGUGGUGGGGACAGAGGUGGAAACCAUCAACCAGCAGCUGGCAGACUUCAAGCAAUUCCAGAAGGAGCAAGUGGAUCCCCUCCAGCUGAAGCUGCAGCAGGUCAAUGGAGUUGGUCAGGGACUCAUCCAAAGCGCCGGGAAAAACUGUGACGUCCAAGGGCUGGAGCACGACAUGGAAGAAAUCAACACCCGCUGGAACACCCUCAACAAGAAGGUGGCCCAGCGAGUGGCCCAGCUGCAGGAGGCUCUGUUGCACUGCGGGAAGUUCCAGGAUGCUCUGGAGCCUCUGCUGAGCUGGCUGGCAGACACCGAGGAGCUCAUCUCCAACCAGAAACCUCCCUCCGCCGAGUACAAGGUGGUGAAAGCCCAGAUCCAGGAGCAGAAGCUGCUCCAGCGCCUCCUGGACGAUCGCAAAGCCACGGUGGAGAUGAUCCAGGCGGAGGGAGACAGGAUCGCGCAGUCGGCCGAGCCCGCGGAUCGGGACAAGAUCGUGGGGCAGCUGGAGAGCCUGGCACGGCGCUGGGAAGGGCUGCUGGGCAGGGCAGCUGCCAGGCAGAAGCAGCUGGAGGAUAUCUUGGUGCUGGCAAAGCAGUUCCACGAAACCACGGAGCCCGUGUCCGAGUGGCUGUCGGUGACAGAGAAGAAACUGGCCAACUCUGAGCCCAUUGGCACCCAGACUGCCAAAAUCCAGCAGCAGAUCAGCCGCCACAAGGCUCUCCAGGAGGAGAUAGAGAGCCACGCUGCCGACGUGUCUGGGGCGCUGGGGGUCGGGCAGUCGCUGUCCUCCCUGAGCUGUGCCGCCGAGCAGAGGCUGCUGGCAGAGAAAUUAGAGGCUCUGCAGAGCCGCUACGGCGAGGUCCGGGAGCGGUGCGGCCGCAAGGCAGCACUGCUGGACCAGGCUCUGGCCAACGCCAGGAUUUUUGGGGAGGAGGAGGUGGAAGUGCUCAACUGGCUGGCUGAGGUGGAGGACAAGCUGGGCUCAGUGUCCAUAAAGGAUUACAAACGGGACGUCCUGCAGAAGCAGCAUGCAGACCAGCUGGCUCUGAAUGAGGAAAUUGUGAACAGGAAGAAGAACGUGGACCAAGCCAUUAGAAAUGGACAAGCCCUGCUGAAGCAAACCACAGGGGAGGAGGUGCUGCUGAUCCAGGAGAAGCUGGACGGGAUCAAGAGCCGCUACUCCGACAUCACCGCCGCCAGCUCCAAGGCCCUGCGCACGCUGGAGCAGGCCCGGCAGCUGGCCACCAAAUUCCAGUCCACCCACGAGGAGCUGAGUGGCUGGAUGAGCGAGGUGGAGGACGAGCUGGCUUCCAGCGGGACACAAUCCCCCGCUGGAGAGCAGAUCCCCCAGUUCCAGCAGCGGCAGAAGGAGCUGAAGAAGGAGGUGAUGGAGCACAGGCUGGUCCUGGACACGGUGAAUGAGGUGAGCAGGGCUCUGCUGGAGCUGGUUCCCUGGAGAGCCCGGGAGGGGCUGGACAAGCUCGUGUCGGACACCAACGAGCGCUACAAGCUGGUCAGCGACACCAUCAAGCAGAGGGUGGAAGAAAUCGAUGCUGCCAUUCAGAGGUCUCAGCAGUACGAGCAGGCAGCUGAUGCAGAGCUGGCCUGGGUGGCCGAGACCAAGAGGAAGCUGAUGGCUCUGGGUCCCAUCCGCCUGGAGCAGGACCAGACAACGGCCCAGCUGCAGGUGCAGAAGGCGUUUUCCAUCGACAUCAUCCGGCACAAAGACUCCAUGGACGAGCUGUUCAGCCAGCGCAACGAGAUCUUCGGGACUUGUGGCGAGGAACAAAAAGCUGUUCUGCAGGAGAAAACCGAGUCCCUGGUGCAGCAGUACGAGGCCGUGAGCCAGCUCAACUCGGAGCGCUACGCCCGCUUGGAGCGUGCCCAGGUCCUGGUCAACCAGUUCUGGGAGACCUACGAGGAGCUGAACCCAUGGAUUGAGGAGACCCAAGCCCUCCUCUCCCAGCUGCCACCCCCAGCCAUCGACCACGAGCAGCUCAAGCAGCAGCAGGAUGACAUGAGGCAACUGAGAGAGUCCAUCGCCGAGCACAAACCUCACAUCGACAAGCUGCUGAAAAUCGGGCCCCAGCUCAAGGACCUCAACCCCGAGGAGGGGGAGAUGGUGCAGGAAAAAUACUCCAGGGCUGAGGCCUUGUAUGCCAAGAUCAAGGAGGAGGUUUGCCAGCGGGCCCUGGCGCUCGACGAGGCCUUCUCACAGUCCACCCAGUUCCACGACAAGAUCGAGCCCAUGCUGGAGACCCUGGAGAGCCUCUCCUCCCGCCUGCGGCUGCCGCCCCUCAUCCCCGCCGAGGUCGACAAGAUCCGGGAGUGCAUCAGCGAGAACAAGAACUCCACGGUGGAGCUGGAGAAGCUGCAGCCCUCCUUCGAGGCCCUGAAACGCCGCGGGGAAGAGCUCAUCGGCCGCUCCCAGGGAGCAGACAAGGACCUGGCAGCCAAAGUCAUCCAGGACAAGCUGGAUCAGAUGGUUUUCUUCUGGGAAGACAUCAAAGCUCGGACCGAGGAGCGUGAAAUGAAGUUCCUGGACGUCCUGGAGCUCGCAGAGAAGUUCUGGUACGACAUGGCAGCGCUCCUGACAACCAUCAAGGACACCCAGGACAUCGUCCACGACCUGGAGAGCCCAGGCAUUGACCCCUCCAUCAUCAAGCAGCAGGUGGAAGCAGCAGAGACCAUCAAGGAGGAGACAGACGGGCUGCACGAAGAGCUGGAGUUCAUCCGCCUCCUCGGCACCGACCUCAUCUUUGCCUGUGGAGAGACUGAGAAGCCAGAAGUGAAAAAGAGCAUUGAUGAGAUGAACAACGCGUGGGAAAACCUGAACAAGACGUGGAAGGAGAGGCUGGAGAAGCUGGAGGAGGCCAUGCAGUCGGCUGUGCAGUACCAGGAUACGCUCCAAGCCAUGUUUGACUGGCUGGACAACGCUGUGAUCAAACUGUGCAACAUGUCCCCUGUGGGCACCGACCUCAGCACGGUCAAGGAGCAGAUGAACGAGAUGAAGGAGUUUAAAAUGGAGGUUUACCAGCAGCAGAUUGAGAUGGAAAAGCUUAAUCACCAAGGUGAACUGAUGCUAAAAAAGGCUACGGAUGAGACAGACAGAGACAUCAUCAAGGAGCCACUGACAGAGCUCAAACAUCUCUGGGAGAACUUGGGCGAGAAAAUUGCUCACAGACAGCACAAGCUGGAAGCCGCCCUGCUGGCACUGGGCCAGUUCCAGCACGCCCUGGCAGAGCUGAUGGCCUGGCUGACCCACACCGAGGAGCUGCUGGAUGCCCAAAAACCCAUCAACGGGGACCCAAAGGUCAUCGAGGUCGAGCUCGCCAAGCACCACGUGCUGAAGAACGACGUCCUGGCCCACCAAGCCACCGUGGAGACCGUGAACAAAGCAGGGAACGAGCUGCUGGAGUCGAGCGCGGGGGACGACGCCAGCAGCCUGCGGAACCGCCUGGAGAAGCUGAAUUCCUGCUGGGAAUCAGUGCUGCAGAAAACAGAGGAGAGGGAGCAGCAGCUGCAGUCCACCCUCCAGCAGGCUCAGGGUUUCCAUGGUGAGAUUGAAGACUUCCUCCUGUGGCUAACGAGGAUGGAGAGCCAAUUGUCAGCAUCAAAACCCACAGGAGGCCUGCCAGAAACUGCCCGGGAGCAGCUCAAUGCCCACAUGGAGCUGUACAGCCAGUUGAAAGCCAAGGAGGAUGUCUACAGCCAGCUGCUGGCCAAGGGGAGGCUGAUGCUGCUCAACCGCGACGACUCCGGCUCCGGCUCCAAGACGGAGCAGAGCGUGGCCCUGCUGGAGCAGAAAUGGUGUCUGGUCAGCACCAAGAUGGAGGAGAGAAAGGCGAAGCUGGAGGAGGCAUUGGCCCUGGCCACAGACUUCCAGAACUCCCUCCAGGAUUUCAUCAACUGGCUGACCCUGGCUGAGCAGAGCCUGAACAUCGCACCACCCCCCAGCCUCAUCCUCGCCGCCGUGCUGGCCCAGAUCGACGAGCACAAGGUGUUCGCCAACGAGGUGAACGCGCACCGGGAUCGCAUCAUCGAGCUGGACCAGACCGGGAACCAGCUGAAGUUCCUCAGCCAGAAGCAGGACGUGGUGCUGAUCAAGAACCUGCUGGUCAGCGUCCAGUCCCGCUGGGAGAAGGUGGUGCAGCGCUCGGUGGAGCGGGGACGGGCUCUGGAUGACGCCAGGAAGAGAGCCAAGCAGUUCCACGAAGCCUGGAAGAAGCUGAUUGAUUGGCUGGAGGAUGCAGAGAACCACCUGGACUCAGAGCUGGAGAUCUCCAAUGAUCCUGACAAAAUCAAGCUCCAGCUCUCCAAGCACAAGGAGUUCCAGAAGACUCUGGGUGGGAAGCAGCCUGUCUACGACACCACCAUCAGGACAGGCAGAGCCCUCAAGGAAAAAGCCUUGCUUGCAGAUGACACUCAAAAGCUGGACAACCUGCUGGGAGAAGUCCGGGAUAAGUGGGACACGGUGUGUGGGAAAUCCGUGGAAAGGCAGCACAAGCUGGAAGAAGCCCUGCUGUUCUCGGGGCAGUUCAUGGAUGCUCUGCAGGCUUUGGUGGACUGGCUCUACAAGGUGGAACCUCAGCUGGCCGAGGACCAGCCCGUCCACGGGGACCUGGAUCUGGUCAUGAACCUGAUGGAUGCUCACAAGGUGUUCCAGAAGGAGCUGGGGAAGCGCACGGGGACGGUGCAGGUGCUGAAGCGCUCGGGCCGGGAGCUGAUCGAGAACAGCCGUGACGACACCACCUGGGUGAAGGUGCAGCUGCAGGAGCUGAGCAACCGCUGGGACACCGUCUGCAAGCUGUCUGUGUCCAAGCAAACCCGCCUGGAGCAGGCCCUGAAGCAGGCUGAGGAGUUCAGGACAGCCGUGCACAUGCUGCUGGAGUGGCUCUCGGAAGCCGAGCAGUCCCUGCGCUUUCGGGGAGCGCUGCCGGACGACGCCGAGGCCCUGCAGGCCCUCAUCGAUGCCCACAAGGAGUUCAUGAAGAAAGUGGAGGAGAAGAGGGCGGACGUGAACGCGGCUGUGGGGAUGGGCGAGGUCAUCCUGGGCGCCUGCCACCCCGACUGCAUCACCACCAUCAAGCACUGGAUCACCAUCAUCCGAGCCAGGUUCGAGGAGGUCCUCACAUGGGCAAAGCAGCACCAGCAGAGACUGGAGUCGGCGCUCUCCGAGCUGGUGGCCAAUGCAGAGCUUCUGGAGGAGCUGCUGGCUUGGAUCCAGUGGGCUGAGACCACCCUGAUCCAGCGGGACCAGGACCCCAUGCCCCAGAAUAUUGAGCAGGUCAAAGCGCUCAUCUCUGAGCACCAGUCCUUUAUGGAGGAGAUGACACGGAAACAGCCGGACGUGGACCGGGUGACCAAGACCUACAAAAGAAAAGCGACGGAGCCUCCGCACGGGCCCUUCAUCGACAAGUCCCGCAGCAACAGGAAAUCCUUGGGGCAGGCUGCUCCUCCCUCCAUGCCCAUCAUCUCCCAGUCAGAAACCAAGAACCCCAGGAUAAACCAGCUCUCAGCUCGCUGGCAGCAGGUCUGGCUGCUGGCCCUGGAGAGGCAGAGGAAGCUCAACGAUGCCCUGGACAGGCUGGAGGAGUUGAAGGAGUUUGCAAACUUCGACUUUGACGUCUGGAGGAAGAAGUACAUGCGCUGGAUGAACCACAAGAAAUCCCGGGUGAUGGAUUUCUUCCGGCGCAUCGACAAGGACCAGGACGGGAAGAUCACCCGGCAGGAAUUCAUCGACGGCAUCCUGGCUUCCAAAUUCCCCACCACGAAGCUGGAGAUGACGGCGGUGGCCGAUAUCUUUGACCGCGACGGUGACGGCUACAUCGACUACUACGAGUUUGUGGCUGCCCUCCACCCCAACAAGGACGCCUACAGACCCACCACUGACGCUGACAAGAUCGAGGAUGAGGUCACCAGGCAAGUGGCCCAGUGCAAGUGUGCCAAGAGAUUCCAAGUGGAGCAGAUCGGCGAGAACAAAUACCGGUUCUUCCUCGGCAAUCAGUUCGGCGAUUCCCAGCAGCUGCGGCUGGUCCGUAUCCUGCGGAGCACGGUCAUGGUCCGUGUGGGCGGAGGAUGGAUGGCCCUGGACGAGUUUCUAGUGAAGAAUGACCCGUGCAGAGCACGAGGCCGGACCAACCUGGAGCUGCGGGAGAAGUUCAUCCUGCCGGAAGGAGCCUCACAGGGAAUGACCCCGUUCCGCUCGCGGGGCCGGAGAUCCAAACCCUCCUCCCGGGCGGCCUCCCCGACACGAUCCAGCUCCAGCGCCAGCCAGAGCAACCACAGCUGCGCCUCCAUGCCCUCCUCUCCAGCCACUCCCGCCAGCGGAGCCAAGACUCCACAUCACUUCUCCCGAUGUUAUGACAAACCCUGGUUGAUAAACAGUAAAGCGAGCACCCCCCUGAGGGGAUUCGAUUAUUCCGACUUCCAGCUCCCGAGCGCCGAGGUCACCCCCUCGGCGGGCAGCAAGCUGAAACGCCCCACCUUCCACUCCAGCCGCACCUCCCUGGCUGGGGACACCAGUAACAGCUCCUCACCCGUCUCCACAGGUGCCAAAACCACUCGGGCAGAUACCUCAACCAGAGAAACAUGA